AGAUGGGAAGCCAUGCAGUUCGCGAAGGGAACUUCUGUUAUUCAAACACUGGUUGCGUGACCCACAUUUAACCUGUCCUAUUAUUAAGCAAUCCCGUGAUCAAGAAAAAGGAAGACAUAUUGCUGAAUAUGUGAAUUAAGCUUCAUAAGUGAAUAUUGAAGAACGAGUUGAUAUUUUGUGUUGCAGAUCAAGACAGGUAACAAGACUGUUCCACAGGACUUUGUCAGUCUUCUGUUAAGAGAUGGUGGCCCAUAAUGAGUUUUGAGCUGGGCACAUUGGACCUGGCAGAGAUGGACAACAGGAUGAAUAGUUCUGACAUGAAGACCCUGUCAACCCUGGACCACCCUUACCUCUCCUCCCUAGAGCACAGCCUCAACAGUCCCCACCACCACAGCCCGGACAUAAACCACUCAUUCAACUACAGCCCACACAGAAACCACUCAUUCAACCACAGCCCAGACAUAAACCACUCAUUCAACCACAGCCCAGACAUAAACCACUCAUUCAACCACAGCCCAGACAUAAACCACUCAUUCAACCACAGCCCAGACAUAAACCACACAUUCAACCACAGCCCAGACAUAAAUCACUCAUUCAACCACAGCCCAGACAUAAAUCACUCAUUCAACCACAGCCCAGACAUAAACCACUCAUUCAACCACAGCCCAGACAUAAACCACUCAUUCAACCACAGCCCAGACAUAAACCACUCAUUCAACCACAGCCCAGACAUAAAUCACUCAUUCAACCACAGCCCAGACAUAAAUCACUCAUUCAACCACAGCCCACACAUAAAUCACUCAUUCAACCACAGCCCAGACAUAAAUCACUCAUUCAACCACAGCCCAGACAUAAAUCACUCAUUCAACCACACCCCAGACAUAAAUCACUCAUUCAACCACAGCCCAGACAUAAAUCACUCAUUCAACCACAGCCCAGACAUAAAUCACUCAUUCAACCACAGCCCAGACAUAAAUCACUCAUUCAACCACAGCCCAGACAGAAACCACUCAUUCAACUACCCAUACAACUACACAUACAGCGAGUACCAAUGUUCGUUAAAAGAGGAGUCCAUGUCCUCUCUUUGGUCUAGCAACUGUAGCGUUGUCAGACUGUCCAGACCCACUCUUCACUCCAAGUCCCCCACUUACACAGACCCCAGCACUCUGCUCUACAUUGACUGCAGAGUGUGUGGGGACACGGCCUCAGGUUUCCACUAUGGAGUCCAUGCCUGUGAGGGCUGCAAGGGAUUCUUCCGCAGAACCAUGCGGUUAAAACUGGUGUAUGACCACUGUAAUCUGCAUUGUCGGAUUCACAAAAAGAGCCGGAAUAAGUGCCAGGACUGUCGCUUUCAGAAAUGUCUGCUUGUGGGCAUGUCACACGAUGCCAUCCGCUUCGGCCGGAUGCCCCAGGAGGAGAGAGAGAAGCUGCUGGCUGAGUUUAUGGAUGUGUCCCCCAGGAGCCCAGAGUCAGCGGACUUGAGAGCCUUGUCCAGACAGCUGUGUCUGUCCUAUCACAGACACUUUCCCCUGACCAAGAGCAGGGCCAGAGCCAUCCUGUCUGGGAAGACCCACGGAAACUCACCGUUUGUCAUCCAUGACAUGAAGUCCCUGACAGCGGGUCAGGACUUUAUAAACAGUAGACAGUUCCCUUUCCUGGAGCACCAGAGGUCUGUCCUGCCCCCUCAAGAGCCUGCUGGGGAGCUGGAACUCUCCUUUUUCUGGCAGGUUCAGUUCCGCACCGUCGAGGCUGUACUAGAAAUCAUAGAGUUUGCCAAGAGCAUCCCUGGGUUCACAGAGCUGGACAUGAAUGACCAGGUGACCCUGCUGAAGUACGGGGUCAUCGAGGUCAUGUUGAUCAUGCUGGCGCCGCUGAUGAACAAGGACGGCACACUGUUCGCCUACGGACAGAUCUUCAUGACCCGGGAGUUCCUCAAGAGUCUGAGGAAGCCAUUCUGUGAGAUGAUGGAGCCAAAGUUUCAGUUUGCGGUAAAAUUCAACGUGCUGGAGCUGGACGAUAGUGAUACGGCGCUCUUCCUCGCUGUCAUCAUCCUCAGUGGAGACCGUCCAGGCCUGGUGAAUGUGAAGCCCAUCGAGGACCUCCAGGAGGUAAUACUGCAGGCCUUGGAGCUGCAGUUGAAGACCAUCCACCCAGACUGCCCCCAGCUGUUUGCCAGGCUGCUGCAGAAGAUGACCGAUCUGCGACCGCUGGUGGCUGACCACGUCCGCCUCAUCCACCUGCUCAAGAAGCAGGAGCUAGAGAUGUGUCUGCACCCCCUACUACAGGAAAUCAUGAGGGACCUGUAAUAGAGUAGUGGGAGACUCAGUUUAACAGCUAUGAAGAAAAGAAGACUAUACACUGUACAUCAGUGGAGGCUGCUGAGGGGAGGACUGCUCAUAAUAAUGGCGCAAAUGGAAUCAAACACAUGGAAACUGCAUUUAACCCAACCCUCUAAAUCAGAAAGGUGCGGAGGGCUGCAUUAAUCAACAUCCACGUCAUCUGUGCCGAUGGAAAAGUGGGUUAACUGCCUUGCUCAGGGGCAGAGCGACAGAUUUUACCUUGUCAGCUCUGGGAUUCAAUCCAGCAACCUUUUGGUUACUGGCCCAAUGCUCUUACCCGCCAGGCUACCUGCUGCCCAUAUUGGUGGUACCACCAACAUCCUGUGCUAUACAGUACAGUUUUAUCCAACUAGUGUGUUUAUUAUAACAAUAUGCAGAACCUUAUAGGUCUUUAUCUAGCCAGAUCUGUUGGCGCUUUGGUCAACUCUUCUGUGUCAUGUAUAUCAUAGCAGCAAUAGUCACUGAGACCAGGCUAGUUUUCAUCAGGCUCUCAGUUAAAGCAAAUGUCUGGCUUCACAGGUGACCUCCAUGACAAGUGAGAGUCUGUUUUCUUGGGACUUGUUGUUUAAUAGAAGGAUCUGUGAACUCUAUUUAAACAAUAAGGCACGAGGAGGUGUGGUUUAUGGCCAAUAUACCACGGCUAAAGGCUGUUCUUAUGCAUGACGCAGCGCAGAUUGCCUGGAUACAGCCAUUAGCAGUGGUAUAUUGGCCACAUACCACAAACCCCCGAGGUCCCUUAUUGCUAUUAUAAACUGGUUACCAACAUAAUUUGAACAGUAAAAAUAAAUGUUUUGUCAUACCAGUGGUAUACGGUCUGAUAUAUCACGGCUUUCAGCCAAUCAGCAUUCAGGGCCCAACCACCCAGUUUAUAAUACACUAUGAAUGAUUCAUUACUGAGCUUCCUACCGUCUUGCUGUAACUGCAGCUAUUCUGUCUCCUACCAUGCUUUUUAAUUAAAGGGAUGAAAGGAGAAUUGCUUUUAAUUACAUGACAUUUAUUGGGGCAUCCUACAAUAAAAUAAGCCGAUACCUACAGGUGUUAUAUACUGUGAAACACAAUGUGUGUUAUCGUAAUACAUUGUUCAUGAUGUAAUUUUUUAUGUAUGUUUCCAUGUCUUUGAAGCAUUUUUGAGAGGUUAGAUGACUGUGAAAACGUCUAUUAGUUUCCAUUUCCUUAACUUCACCCCCUCUAAACAUUUCAGUGUAUAAUGUAACAUGUACUACCAUGGAAAUAUGCUAUCCUGUGUUAUGUAUAAAUCACCUGUAUAAACAAUACUAAUAUCCUUCCUAAUAAAUACUUAAAGUACAUUUUAA